AUGUCACGGGUAAUGUGCUGCCUGCUUCCUCUGCUCCCUGUCUUCCUCUCCCCCCUCAUCUCCCCAUUCUUCCUCCCCCCUUUGCUCUUCCCCGCCCUGCUUUAUGCGUGGCAGGUGUGGCCGUACCUGAAGGUGCGGAGGGCGCUGUACCGCUUCCGGGUGUUGGGGGCGGCCAACACGCGCUUCUUCAAUCUGCGCUUCAUCUGCACCACCCCCCGCAACUACCCCCACUUCACCCCGCCCUUCUCUGGCGACAAGCUGCCCAUCAUUGUGGUGCGUGCCAGCCACUGUGACUUGCCACUUUUCCCCAGCACCACUCCAUGCCACUCCGCACCCAUGUACCAACCCCUGCACCUCACGAAUCACCUUUGCCCCUGUACUACCCCGACUUCACUCCGCCCUUCACGUGCGUUGCAUGCGUGCUGGAUUGUGAAAUGCCGCAUUGCGCUGCACCCACUUCCCCAGCACCACUCCGCACCACGCUGCACCACUCUCCCCCGAAUUUUUCCAAUCCCUUUUCUUUGCACCUGUCCUCCCGCCCACUCUUCUCCACCCCCACCCUCCACUCAUCAGAUCGGGUCAGACGGGGGCUACCUCCCUCGUCCAGCAGUGCGCACGUCACUCCUAGUGGCGCCAGCGGAGCGGUACGACAUUCUCGUCGACUUCUCCUCGCUGCGCUCCUCCUCUGCUGACGUCAUCCUCACCAACGACGCCCCGGCGCCCUUCCCUGCGGGCGAGCCAGUGACCAACGACACCACUGUCGUCAUGCGCUUCAUUGUCGAUCAUGAGAGCCCCCGCCUGCCCGCCCCACGCAUCCCCAAGUCCCUCGUGCCGGUGCCCCCUGUGGACACAUCUCGGGUGGUGGUGGAGCGGUGGAUCACAGCGGUGGAGGAGACAGACCCCGCCACGGGGCAGUCUAUCCGCCUGCUGCUGGGCGACCUGCCCUACAGCGCCCCGCCCACUGAGACGCCCCAGGAGGUGAGUCACUGCUGGGGUCAUGGCACAAGGGGGCACAUAGCGUGCGGUGCAGUCAAGACCCAUUCAGUACGCACAUGCCAAUUCUCCUCCAUGUUCCCUCUCGGGCUUCUGUACGGCUAUUUGGCAUUUGUCUAG